GCAGUCUUAACAGUCAGCCUUCUCUUCUCUACCAAUCGUCCCAAAGUAAAUACCGCAGUGAUCUCAGAAAUCUUCGAAGUAUACGCUGCACUGAACCCAAUCGGCGGAACUCCUCCCCGGCGAUAUAAAUUCGAGUAAUGGCUUGCCUUCGUAAACUGGAAGGAGUAAACUUGCCUUUUCGCCUGCCUUCUCUCUCGAGAUUAUUUGCUCGAGAAACUUGGUGACGUCUAUCGAGCAUCUUCUCGAGAUGUCGAAGCGCGCCGCCGGCCGCGUUCCCAAAUUGUUCCUCAUGAUGUUAUUGAAAUAGAUGACGACGAUGAUCAAGAUGAAGUUUUAGUAAUUGGAGAAUUUCUUUCUAGCAGAAUAAAAAGGCAAACUGUGAAGACUAUGAAUGUUAGUAAAAAUGUAAUCAAGAAGCCAAUACUAAUUAUUGACGAUGACACUGAUGUCAAAUGCCAAGCUUUCAAGCAAUUUGAUACUGUUCGGGAUAGUUCAGAUCAUCACUUCAACAAACCCGAGAUCCUUAAAAUGACUCCUGCAAUAAAGGAGCAGCCAGGAAAGAAUUGGGUUAAGAGGAUUCAACAUGAAUGGAAGGUUCUGGAAAAAGAUUUACCUGAGACGAUAUAUGUUAGAAUUUUUGAAGAUCGGAUGGACAUUCUUCGUGCUGUCAUCAUUGGACCCGCUGGGACACCUUAUCAUGAUGGUCUCUUCUUUUUUGACAUUUACUUUCCCCCAACCUUUCCCUUGGUACCCCCGAUGGUUCACUAUCAUUCCGGAGGGCUUCGUUUGAAUCCCAACUUAUAUCAAUGUGGAAAAGUUUGCCUAAGCCUUCUUAAUACCUGGCCUGGCCAAGGCUGUGAGACCUGGAAUUCAUCCAACUCGACCAUUCUCCAGGUUUUAGUCUCCAUCCAAGCCUUAGUUUUGAAUGCCAAGCCCUAUUUCAAUGAGCCCGGCUUUGAGCUGUCAGUUAAUACACCUUAUGGAAGGAAGGAAUCACUAGCUUACAAUGAGACGGCAUUCAUUUUGUCCUGCAAGACGAUGUUGUAUUCUCUACGGAAGGCCCCAAAGCAUUUUGAGGAGUUUGUUGCGGGACAUUUCCGCAGCAAAGGCAGCGAAAUCCUUGAAGCAUGCAUAGCAUACAUGAAAGGCGCUCAGGUCGGGUGUGUCUUCGUAAAUGGGGUUCGAGAUGUCGACAGUAGCGACAAGAGCAGCUCGUCGGCAUUCAAGGAGAAUCUGAGCACAAUUUAUGACCAACUGGUGAUGGAGUUCACUGGCAAGGGAACUCUUAGUGAUAAACUCUCAUGAAAUUGGCUGCAAAAGCAGCAGAUAUUGGGAAUCACUGAAGCCACAAUACAAGUUUGGAGAUAUAAUAUAGAAGCAGGUGAAGGAAUUACUUUGUUUUUGUUGGCCUGUUUAUAGAUUGUUUUCAAACUAAGCAGUUACUUGGCAUAAGUUAAUUAGUUGGUGUCAAUAUCUCUAGAAAUGUAGGGUCUGGUGAUGAUUAAAAUGUGCAGGGGUUGUUCAUGGUUUUAAAUGAUGGUAGUUUUGUUGCUCCUCUUUUUUUUGGAACUUGGCUUCAUUUCAUUUACCUACUUUCUUCAACUGUGGAAGUAGGGUUGCAAGGUCAAUAUUUAUAUUUG